AUGUCCUGGUGCAGACCCAAGUUCUGUUGCACGUAUACAUCCCAUUGCACGCUCAAGUCCCGUUGUAAGUGCUGUUGCACGCUCACGUCCUGUUGCAGAUGUUAUUGCACGCCCACGUCCCGUUGCAGGUCCUGUUGCACACUCAA